AUGUUAGUCACAGAAUUAACCGACAUGAUCAUGCUAGUUAAGGUGAAACUUGGGGAUGCCCAAAAAUUUGUCAAGAUAACUGAGCUGAGCCUGGAGGAAUUUUUGACUGCUGCAUUUUUAAAGUUUGGUGUUCCAUCUGUACCAGAGAAUGUAAUGGUUUUUGAUGAAUCAGGGACUGAGGUGGAUGAUGAUGUUUUUGAGGAUGUAGUCAGAUCCUCAGUCGGAGUCCUUACCAUAAAACAUGGAGCAGACUUGGGCUCUGCCUCUCCACAAGCCUCUCAUGGGCAGUCAAAUCAGUCCCUGUCUUCCAUUGACUCCAGUGACUCACAGGAUACAGUCAUUAUUGAAGAAAGCUCCUCCAGUAAACGAAUGAGGUUAGACGAUGAAGCUAAAAAGUUGGUAGAAACCAUUCUUGUCCAAAAACCUGGUGGGGAGCAUAUAAUAAAUGAAUACAACCGAACCAAGUCUCUGGGGGACGAAACAAGGAGGAAAAUGGUUAACAUCUUAACAGCUGACAUGACAGAAAAGAAUGGUACAUCACCACCAAAGCAGGUGAAAGAAAAAUAUGCCAGAGGAAUUGUGGCUUUGUUCCCUUACCUGAGUGACCCCUUUUCUAAAAAUGGCUACGUAAGUGUCAGCUUUGAAUUCUAA